ACUCCACUCGUCCGGCCUGGGCUCGCGUUCUCCCGCGCCGUCUGCGCCCGGCCAGCUGUCUGUGCUCAGGACGCCGGCUUCCCGUUGCUGCCCCCUCUCUCCUCCUCUUGUCUCCUCUGUCUCCACCUCUCCCACCCUUUUAGUCCCCUCUUGUCCUCUCUUCUUCCCUCUUGUCCCCUCUCCCUCUAGUAGUCCCCCCUUGUCCCUCUCCACUCUUGUCCCCCUUCCUUUCCCUCCUGUUGUCGCCUCUUGUUCCCUUUCCGUUCCUUUUCCCCUCCACCCUCGAAAGCCCGCGUUCCCCAUCUGCUCCAGUUGAGCUUUCAUCUCCUGGAUGAGCUGGGCGAGGGCGGAGGUGCAGUUUUCUCGAAGGCUCCCCCCUCUGGCUGAAGUGAAGGCUUAUGGGGAGAGUUACAGGAAACCCAGGUUCUGGGGCCCUGUUGACUUGUCGAUCUUUCUGGUACAUUGGUGCCCCCUUAAAAGCUAGUGGAGGCCAUUGCAGCCAUCCUCUUCGUUUACUCUGUAUUCUUUCUAUCGCCUCCCCACUUGCUCUUUUAUUGAAGGGCUGUGGGACUUUGGGCAGCUCGCUUAGCUCCCUGAGCCUUAGUUUUGUAAUCUGUGAAGUGGGGAAAAUCAUAGUAUAAAUUCGAAGGGUUGGCUGUGAGGACUCGCCUGAGUACCCAAACCCCAUGGAUAAAAAUGUCAUCUCUGUCAGAACAGUGGAGGAAAGAAGAGAUGUAUCAACAGGAGUCAUCUAUAGAAAGAGGAUAGCACUCUGUCGAAAUGUGGUUCCAGAAAUUUUAAGGAAGGUGAGCAUUUUAAAGGUGCCCAAUAUCCAGUUAGAAGAGGAGUCGUGGCUCAAUCCUCAGGAGAGAAACAUGGCUAUACGGAGUCAUUGCCUUACGUGGACCCAGUAUGCGUCCAUGAAGGAAGAGUCUGUCUUUCGGGAAAGUAUGGAGAAUCCAAAUUGGACAGAGUUCAUUCAAAGAGGCAGGAUUUCAAUCACUGGGGCUGGUUUUCUCAACUGCAUUUUGGAAACUUUUGCAGGCACAUUCUUAAGACAGGGGGCCCAGAAGGGAAUUAGAAUAAUGGAGAUGCUGCUGAAGGAGCAGUGCGGUGCCCCCUCAGCUGAGUAAAGAGCCAUCAGGGAGCUGUGUUAUGUCUACUUUUGCUAGAGAAUCUCUUCUUGGACACACCACACCAACAAUACAAUUUUCUAAAUAUAGGCUUAAGGAUGCGGUGUCUAUCGGCAGCUUUAAGAAGAUGAGACUGUUCCUGCCAGGACAUGAAAUGACACUCUCCCCUGGGAGCCAGCCUCAAAUAGCUACACUCAUGGAGAUGCAUCCUAGCUGGAUUUUUAUGGCACAGACUCUACAGUUUUACAAAUAAAGGGAAAAUCCGUAGAGGGUGAUGUCGCCCUUCUUCACAAAGUCCUGCCGAUUGCCUGGUGGUGGUGUCCGAGCAGCCAAGAACAGGCCUAGAGACUGGUGUUUGUGCCUUUAUGUUAUUUGCAUCAUUGCUUAUAGAUUCACCAGAAGAUUCUAAGGUAAAUAAAGGAACUGAACCUAACACCUGAUUCCCAGGUGGCCUGGAAUAGACAGGAAUGUGUGAGACCUGAGUUCAAGAGAAGCCACUUUUGUAGUAAUGUUGAAGAUUCUCAGAAAUCAGGAGCAUUUGAUUGAGACCCACAAGUUCUGCAUAACUGCUAUCAGUGUAACAUUUAUAACGUAGCGUUGAGCUGUGUCUGUCUGCUGGAAAAACAUCAGAUGGAGAGUGGGAAUAUAUGUAUAAUCUUGGCUCCUCCUAGCUCACUCUUGAGAUCUGAGACAGAUCAUAACCUCUCUCUUUUCACUGGGAAAGUGGGGCUUAUUGGGCACAGAUCUUACUACCUGUGGGUUGUGAUGCUUAAACAAGAUGUUUAGUGUGAAAAGCACAGGUUUGGAGUCAAACAGACAGACCUGAGUUUGAAUCCAAGCAUUUCCACUCACUAGCUCACUGGAACAUAAUUUUAAAUCUUUAUGAAGCUCACUUGCUAAAAAAUUUUUUUAAAUGAAGUGAAAUAAUUAACUGUGAGGUUGUUGGACAAAUUUUGCAUUUUAUAUAUAUAUAUAUAGAGAGAGAGAGAGAGAGAGAGAGAAAGAGAGAGACAAGCAUUCCUGGUACCUAGUAGAAGUCCAGUAAAUAGAAGCCAUUUUUACUCUGAUUAUGGAAAACCAUUUUGAAAAUGUAUUUUUCAAAUGUAGUAUAAGGUAGGAUUACUGUUUGAAAAUUAGAUGACAGUAGUUUGCAUUUUCCACAAUCAGAAGCCAAACAAUAAAUGCACAUUACCUAAUAGAAAGCUUGAAGAGAGGCAAAAAUUUGGAAUCCAUCUUAAGAUAAAAAUUGGACCAUUAAUGGAAAGUCUUGGAGAAUUUUUUUUAUAUUUAAAAUAUUUUCCACUUAGUGUAUCAAUGAAUUUCAAAGCGAUUGCAUUUUUUUUUAAUACAAGCCUGCCACUGUGAGCCUCUUCUUAUUGUGUUCGAGUGCUUUGUGCUACUUGAGUUUUGUUUCUUGGGAUAAUUUCUCCUCAUUUCCUUAGUGUUGUUUUCUUCAAUUGCAUUGGAGGGAAAAUGAAUGGUAGAAACCAGGAGACACUUUGACCUCCUUUAUCAGUUUGUAAAUGGCAUUUUGUAGGCUUUUGGAAUAAUUGCCCACUUCCAAAAAUAAGAGGCAAUGCAAAUUAUCACAGAGGUGAGAAGCAAGAAGUUUGUAUCUGGAGAUUAGAUUGGAAUAAACUUAACCCUUCCUAUGCAACCACUUGCAUCCUCUGCAGGCGGGAGAGUUCUCAGCCUGGGCCGCCCAGUAGGACCACCUGGGGAGCUCUGUGUAAUCCCCAUGCCCCCGUUACACUGCAGGCCAGAAAAUCGGAAUCUCUGGGUGUAACUCAAGCACCAGUGCUUUUUAAAGCCCCCUAGGUGAUUCCAAUGAGCAGCUAAGGAUGAGAACGCUACAAUAAGUUCUAGGUGAUUUGCAGACAUCUGAUUUCUUUUUAACACCUCUGAGGUAGGAAAGGAUUUGUAGUCAGAAUUUUUGUUAGAAAUAGAAAUAGUGAAGCACAGAGAAGCUGAUUUUUGUCUGAAUUCCUUGAAGCUGGGGUGGCUGGUGCAAAUGCCUGCAGGGGUCUGGAAGGUGAUCUGGUGGGGGAAGCAGGCUGGUGGCCACUGUGGACAACCCCAGAGCCCAGAGGUGGGCAGCAGCUGCCUGGCUGUAGCAUGGUGUUGCCAUGUGGCUGGUUUUCCGAGUUCUUCCAAUUUCACUUUUCCAGAAAGAGAAUUUUAAAACUCCUGAUUUUUACAUGUUGAGGACAAAUUCAGAAUUGUUUAAAAACAUUGUGCUCGCCAAGCAACACAUGUUUGCUAGUCAUUUCCAGCCUCUCUUCAAGAGUGUUAAGGACCAGACUAAACAUCCCAGCCAAUAUUUAAUAGAUUUGUGUUGUUCUGUCCCAGAUGUAAGCUGCCUUCUGCUGCUCCCCCACACCUACUUUAUAGGUGUGUUUUCCUCCCAUUUCCCUGUAACCCUCUGGACUUAUAUUAGACACUUACCCUAACUCCCCUUUAUUCCAGGAGGAAUCUGCUGCUUCAGGCCUCUCAUCUAUGGCUCAGAAAUCUUAUGCUUUUUAAAAAAUUAACUAGGACUGGUUAGAGUUCAUUUUUAUUAUAUGUCAGAAUUCUUUUCCUGUGUUGAAACAUUUAGGAGCCCACAUUUACCUUUUUACUUUUUUAACUCUGCAGUCUGGUGUAAGAAUGUCAAAAGCAGGAGGAGCCUUACUGGGCAUGUUAGGAACGUGGGUGGGAAAGGGUGAAAGGGGAGACCUGGUGAGUCUCCCCUGCAAUUCACUCCAGUGAGUCCUAGAUUUGCACUUGUACCAGAAAUCCUUUGGGAGGGGUGCAGAAGUGCUGGUAUCCAGGCAAGGUUCUGAUUGAUGCCUUUGCACUUGGGACCUGAGGAUCUGCAUUUUCAAACCUGUUUUCCAGGAGGUUGGGUGGUGCUACUCCACAGACCAUAUUUUGAGAAACUGAUAUAGCACAGGUGUUUUGGCCUCCUUGUCUUCUAUCGUUUAAGACAGUUUUGCAGGCCGUUGGGCCCACCACUGAUCAACAUAGUUGGCCACUCGGGGCCCGAUAUAAAGAUCUUACAUAGAGAGAGGCUGACUAAAGCUCAUUCCUGCAUAACUGAGGAGCUUUUAUCAUGAAGGGGCUUUUAUGUUUUUAUAUAAAUGUGGAUAAAACAGAAAUGGUGCUAUAUUCGUUUUAUAUAAGUAGUAUACAUGUAGUAAGAUCUCAUUUAACAGGCCUUUUGGGCUGCACGGGAUACACACUCAAGGUUAUUCUUUAUAUUUGUGCAUUUCCUGUACUUCAUUUCAACCAUUUACAUAGAACAGUUUCUGAUUAGUACACACUUCCCUGCUUUUUGCAAACCACAACCUACUGAAGACAGUGAAACCUCUUUGGGGUUGUUUCUAUAUUUUGAGUGCUUUCAGGUCCUAUGUGGGUUUGUUAAAGCCCCUGCACUGGCUGGCCCCACUUGGCUCUGCUCUUUGAGUUCUGUGGUGGUUUGGAAUCAUUGUUCUUCCCCCUCCCUGUUACUUGUUUCUCUCUGCCAGCACUCUGCCUGCCUCGAGGAACCUUCCUCUCAUUUGCUGUCUGGGAGCCGGAAAACCAUGUCACUGCGUACUAUGUGUGACCAGGCGCUGAGUGAGGCUUCGAGAGGCUUUUCUAGCAGUUAAACAAGGAACAUUAGCUGCACUGACUAGGUGACAUUAUUUUAGUGAUUCCUCUGUCUUCUUUGAACUUGCUUCCUGAUCCCCAACUGCACUGCCAGAUCUGUGACCUCAGGAUAAGUGAGAUGUUGCUACAGGGAGUUUCGGCUGAUUUUUAAUCUAUUGUCUCCCCCAAUUGUAUUCAUAUUUUUAUAUGUACAGUUCCACAAUGUGAAACUUCAGUGGAUUAAAAUCUAAAUGGACAUUUCUCAGGCCAAGUUUUGUGAAGGAUAAAGUGUUUUUGGUUCAGUACUGUUGUGAUUUGGAACUAUAAAGUAGUUGUAUACCUAUGAAAUCUGAUCCUGCAGUCAUCCUGAAAUAAAGGUUUUACAGCUA